UUUUGCGUACUAUAAAUGUGUAAAGCCAUUACUCCCCAAGUGUCAUGCAAAUUCAAUUCAUUCUCUUCAUAUAAGCUUCUAGAAAUGAUAUCCAAUUUCACUGAGUUGAUUCCGGGUCUACCUGAAGAACUCGCUCUCGAGUGCUUGACCCGCCUUCACUACACGGCCCACCGCGUCGCCUCCGGAGUCUGCCGCCGCUGGCGUGAGCUUCUUCACAGCAGAGACUUCUACUACCACCGGAAACGAACCGGGUUUACCCGCAAAGCCGCCUGCUUGGUCCAGUCAAUCCCAACUCAGUCCGAGUCAGACGGGCGAAAAUCAGCUGGCUCACCGAGUUAUGCUUUGUCUGUGUUUGAUCCGGUGAAUGGGACUUGGGACCGAAUCGAACCGGUUCCGAAGUACCCAGAUGGGCUUCCUCUGUUCUGUCAGGUGGCGAGCUCAGAGGGGAAGCUCGUAGUGAUGGGUGGGUGGGACCCGGUGAGUUGGGACCCGGUAAAGGACAUGUUCGUGUACGAGUUCACGACUCGGAGGUGGACUCAGCGCAAGGACAUGCCUUCGAACAGGUCGUUCUUCGCCGCCGGAGCCGUCGACGGCAGAGUCGUCGUCGCCGGCGGGCACGACGAGAGCAAGAACGCGUUGAACUCGGCGUUGGUCUACGAUAUCAGAAACGACGAGUGGACUGAGUUGACUCCGAUGGAAGAGGAGCGAGACGAGUGCGAAGGCAUUGUAAUCGGAUCGGAGUUCUGGGUCGUGAGCGGGUACGAUACGGAGAGUCAAGGCAGGUUCAAAAGCAGUGCUGAGUCAUUCGAUACCGAGACGGGUACGUGGAAACGAGUCGAGGACGCGUGGGGGGUGAGUCAGUGUCCGAGGUCGUGCGUUGGUCUAGGGAAAGUUGGGAAUUUGAUUUGCUGGGCUGAGUCAGAUCCGGCUGUACGAGUCGGGGCGUGUGUGGUUGACUUGGGUGAUCGGACCUUGGUAACCGGGUCGGCCUACCAGGGUGCACCACACGGGUUCUAUCUGUGGCAAAGUGGUAAAUUGGCGAAGAUAGAAGAAGAAGAAGUACCCGAUCAGUUCUCGGGAUUUGUGCAAUCAGGUUGUUGUGUUGAAAUCUGAUUGGUUGAUUUUACGAGAUAACACGGUAUUUGGGUAUGAGUACCUUUGAGAGUGUGUAUAUACACGCGUAUUACAUCACAUCUAGACGAUGUAUACUUGCCUUUUCUUUUUUUCUAUGAGAGUGAGAAGGAGAGAGAGUAGAUGAUGAAAUUUUGUAAAUUUGUAAUGUAUUUAUUGUAAUAUAUAUAUGUGUUAUUAGUCUCUUCUCCUUCUAAUAUUGCAGAUAUCUA